UCCCAAGUGAAGUCCACCGUGGAGUGUGGAGUAGAGCACGACCAAAUCAGUCAACAGAACGACCGCCCCGGGAGCGAGGAGGAGCCGCCACAGCAGACAACCACCCAAGCGAUCGCGAGCGAAGACAUGGCCAUGGCCGCCACCUCCACCACGACUCUCCCUUCGAGCCCCGCUUCCCGCAUUCCCUCAGCCUCCGUAAAACCCUUCUCGUUCUUCUCGCCCUCUCCCGAUUCGUCCCCUCCUCAGUUCGGUCUCCUCCGUGCCAGAAUCCCCCUCUGGAACCCUCGGCUCUCGAUCUCCGCCGCCGCCUCCAUGAGCGUGCGGGCUCCGGAGAGGAGCUCGCCUCCGUCGUCCUUCCUCGACCGCCGGGAGAGCGGUUUCCUCCAUUUCGUAAAGUACCACGGCCUCGGCAACGACUUCAUCUUGGUUGAUAAUAGGAACUCUUCGGAGCCUCGAGUUACUCCGGAGCAAGCAGUGAAGCUGUGCGAUCGUAACUUUGGGAUAGGUGCUGAUGGAGUGAUUUUCGCCAUGCCCGGGAUUAAUGGUACCGACUACACUAUGAGGAUUUUUAAUUCCGAUGGUAGUGAGCCUGAGAUGUGUGGUAAUGGAGUGCGAUGCUUCGCUCGAUUCAUAGCUGAGCUUGAAGAUCUAAGUGGAAGACAACGUUUUACCGUGCACACUGGUGCUGGUCUAAUUGUUCCAGAGAUUCAAGAUGAUGGGAAGGUUACGGUUGAUAUGGGGGAACCGAUACUCAAAGCUUCUGAUGUGCCCACAAAAUUAUUGCCAAACAAAGACCACUCUGUGGUCAAAUCCGAACUAAAAGUGGAUGGACUAACCUGGAAUGUGACAUGUGUUAGCAUGGGAAAUCCCCACUGUGUCACCUUUGGUGCGAAAGGAGAACAGAAUUUGCAGGUUGACAAACUAAACUUGGCUGAAAUAGGUCCAAAAUUUGAGCAUCAUGAGAUGUUUCCUGCAAGAACGAACACAGAAUUUGUGCAAGUUCUCUCUCCUUCACACCUGAAAAUGCGUGUUUGGGAACGUGGGGCUGGAGCAACCCUAGCUUGUGGUACAGGGGCAUGUGCUGUGGUUGUUGCAGCAGUUCUUGAGGGACAAGCUGGGAGGUGUUGCACAGUGGAUUUACCUGGAGGUCCACUGGAGAUUGAAUGGAGAGAGAAAGACAAUCAUGUAUACAUGACUGGCCCAGCUGAGGUGGUCUUCUAUGGAUCCGUACCCAUAUAGCACGAACUGAACUUUUGUACUGUCCGGCUGUACCUAACAAACUAGAAUUUUUGUAACAUGCAAUUGUGAUAGAAAAGACUGGGAAAGAGUGUUAGGAGCGUCUGGAUAACUGUAGCCAUGUCUUAUUCAAGUUGAGUUGUCUAAUGUAACAACGGAAUGGUCUUUAUGAUCAAUUUGUUUACAGCUGGUUUGAUGAUGAAGUCAUCUCGUGCAAUAAAUUUAGUGA